AUGGGAUAUCCAAUUCCCUCUCUUGAAAAGCCUUUUGGCGUCAAAUUGUGGCCUCUUUUUGAUGAGGCUGUCACACGUAUUUCUUCUGGAAAAGUUGUUCCCAGCGAUUUUGAAUUCGUUGCCGGCGAAACCUUCAUGUCCACGCUUCCUCCAGUCGCGUUCCUCAUUGGUUUCUACUACCUCGUCGUCUUCGGAGGAAGGGCCCUGAUUCGUCGCUUCCAGUGGCCUGCACUGGUGUUGAACGGAUUGUUUCAGAUCCACAACUUCUUCCUGACCUCGCUGUCACUCACCCUUCUGGUGCUUCUGAUCGACCAGCUGGUCCCAAUGAUCAGCCAACACGGUCUCUACUUCGCCAUCUGCAGCACCUCGGCUUGGACCCAACCCAUGAUUACUCUCUACUACCUCAACUAUUUGACAAAGUUUGUUGAGUUCAUUGACACCGUUUUCCUGGUUGUGAAGCAGAAGAAGCUGACUUUCUUGCACACUUACCACCACGGUGCCACGGCCCUUUUGUGCUACACCCAGCUCAAUGGUGUCACCUCCAUUUCGUGGGUCCCAAUCUCUUUGAACCUGGGAGUUCAUGUCGUUAUGUACUGGUACUACUUCUUGGCUGCCCGUGGAAUCAGAGUCUGGUGGAAGGAAUGGGUUACUCGUUUCCAGAUCAUCCAGUUCAUUCUGGACCUGGGUUUCGUUUACUUUGCCACUCUCCAGAAGAUUAUCCACACCUACUACCCUGAACUGCCACACUGUGGUGACUGUGCGGGUACCAUGUUGGCGGCUUACUCUGGUUGUGCCAUCCUGUCGAGUUACCUCGUGCUAUUCAUCGCCUUUUACAUCGAAGUCUACAAGAAGAAGGGUUCCAAGAAGGCCAAGGUGUUGAAGCGUGUUCCAGGUGGUGUUGCCAACAAGGUGAACGAGUAUGUAUUGUUGGAUUCUGCCCAUCUUGCAACGGGCUUCGACUCGAACUCAGGAUCGCCUCUUCCUCCAAAGAACCGCCGCAAGGCCUAA